AUGAGGUUUGGCUGCAAACCUCUCUGAGCUGAAAUCUGAGGAAACCAGCAGGCGCAAAGCUCGCUCCAUCUUGUCUCCACGUCUUCCCUGUGCUCCUGGGAUACUAGAAGACACCGCCCUGGAAAAUAUGCUGUUCUGCCAUUCCCAGCCUGAGUCCUACCACCAGCACUCUGCUAGUUACAUUAGAGAGGCCUUGGCACCUUUCUUGAAAAACGAAGAAGCGAGGCUUAUGGCUGAAAAUGGUGCCAGGAGGACCCCAUUCCAGUAUAUUCUGUGCGCAGCCACCUCGCCGGCUGUGAAACAGCAGGAGGAGAGUCUCACUUAUCUCAACCAAGGUCAGUCCUACGAAAUCCGUAUGCUUAACAGAAAACUAGUGGAGUAUACAGAUAUAAGCAGCAAAUAUGUAAAGAGCAUUGUCCGCGUGGUGUUUCAUGAACGUCGGCUGCAGUAUAUGGAGCACCAGCAGCUGGAGGGGUGGAGGUGGAACAGACCUGGAGACCGAAUCCUGGAUAUAGAUAUCCCUUUGUCAGUGGGGAUACUGGAGCCUCGUUCACACCCUCUGCACCUCAAUACCAUUGAGUUCCUCUGGGAUCCGGUCAAGAACGCGUCUGUGUUCAUCCAGGUCAACUGCAUCAGCACUGAGUUCACCCUCAGGAAGCAUGGUGGGGAGAAAGGAGUGCCCUUUCGUAUCCAGGUGGACACGUUCACCACCAAUGAACACGGCGAAUACAUGGAGCACAUCCACUCCUCCAGCUGCCAGGUCAAAGUCUUCAAGCCUAAAGGAGCUGAUCGGAAACUGAAGACUGACAGGGAGAAGAUCGAUAAAAAGUCCCCCCAAGACAGAGAAAAGUAUCAGCCGUCCCACGAGACCACCCUGCUGAAGGAGUGUUCCCCUUGGCCUGAUGCCCUAAACCUUACGGCCCAAACCAGCGGCAGCAGCACUCCAUCACCUGUUUAUCACAGUUCACCAACUUCCUGUGGUUUCACAGACGGCAACUGUUCUCCAAACCAGCAAGGGGAUCUGCUCAUGUCCGGCUGCUCUGAUCACCUUCUGCCAUCGUCCUCGCCGCAGGACACUCAGCAGUGGCUGCACCGUCACAGGUUCUCACCUUUCUCAAGGCUCUUCUCCAGCUUCUCAGGUGCUGAUCUGCUGAGGAUGAGCAGGGAGGAUCUGAUCCAGAUCUGCGGCCCGGCGGAUGGCAUUCGUCUCUUUAACACCGUGAAAGGAAGGUGUAUUCAGCCCCGUCUUACCAUCUAUGUGUGUCAGCAGCAGACCAGACAUCAACCUCCCAUCAAGCCAGGGGGUGGAGAAGUCUAUCAAGCUCUGUACCUGGAGGAGCUGACACUGCUGGACCUGUCUGAGAAGAUCGCCAUGCUGUACAACAUCGGUCCACAGCACAUCACACACAUCUACAGACAGAAACCCAACGGGAUCCAUGUCUUAGUCUCUGACGAGAUGGUGCAGAACUUCAAGGAGGAAACGAGCUUCAUCCUCAGCACUGUGAGGGGUAACUUAUCUUCACCUUCUCAUUUCACAGCUGAACAUUCAGCAUCCAUCACAAUGUGUCCUUGAUUAUUUGGUACUUUUGAAUGACCUUUUGCUGGAUUGUUUUCCGCUACACAGACGAAAACACCGAUGGCUACCACGUUGUGUUGAAAUGACCGGCGGGUACUCGAGAGGCUCCAAGUUUCAUCAGUGGAAAUGUACAGACUGUAUAUAAAUUCCUUUAGACUACAAUACGAUAAGACUGACAGUACAGUAAAAGGCCGAAAGCUUUCAGUUUAGUCUUGAUUUUGUAGUUUAGCUUUCUUUAAUUUUCCAGUUUUCUUUGUAUUUUUGUUAAGUUACUGAUUCAUGUUUGAUAUGUCGUGUAAUUCGUGGUAAACAGCGAACUGUAUUAACUCCUCUGCAUGUGAGUAAGUUUUCGGUGACUUUUGCGAUAAUAAAGCAAAGCGAACGUCACACAUCAUCAUGUAGACAAAUAGAAAAGACAAAUGAACAAAGCAGUGUUACGUUGUGUUGAUGCAAUGCGGACUUCAUGCUCGCAGUGCACUUCCUGUUCCUGUAUGCCGUGUGGCCUGUUUUCUCCAGGAGGUGUAACACUGAAUUAGGCAAACGUUCAUGCACACGGGAUGUUCAA